CGUACAUAGAGACUUUUCAUUGUGAAAGGCGAGAGGUCCGGGCGAAGACGAGCCUCCGGAUGCCGUAAUCCAAACCUGGGGUAACUGGAGAAAGAAACAAGGAAACAUCCGACAAGACAAGGCAGAGCAGCAGGACUGUGACCAAACAAAUGAGCGCGCAACGAAAGACAGGACUACGUGCAAUAUAAAGGAAAGGGUAAACGAGACACCACCGGUGAACAAUUACCGAAACAAGAGGGCGGAGUUAGUGAACACACGAGGAACCGGCACCACAGGACACAUGGAUUCCCUCACAUCUAGAUUAACCAAAAAACAAAAAAAGCAGCUCUGUGCCUUGUUGGGUGAUGUGGAUCUGACUCUUCUCUUCAAAGCAUCUCUUCAUGGAUAUAAUGCUGCUGCUUUUCAUCAGCACUGUGACCGUCAGGGUCCAACUUUACUCGUAGCCUACAACAACUCAGGCUACAUCUUUGGUGGAUAUACGAGUAAAGAUUAUACUCAGUGUAGGCAGAUUAUUGUUGAUUCUGAGGCCUUUCUUUUCUGCUUACCUACUCAUGGCGGGAACCCUGUCACAUUCAAAAUAACUUCUGGAUAUAAUGUACGGAUUGAUGACUCAAAUGGGCCCAGUUUUGGCCAAGAGUUAUACUUCAUGCAUAACAACCAUCCUUAUCUAUAUGAUAGUGGACAGUGGGGAAACAGAAAUAUCAUGUUCAAUUUUAAUCCCUCAACUCUGUAUGGAAACGACACUCGGCUUUGUCAAUGUGAGGUGUACAGAGUGAAGAAGAUUGUUAAUCCUCCAGUCCCUCAGGUCACUGCAGGUCCAGUCAAAGAGAAGCCAUGGAGAAAUAUUCUGUGGACAGAAAAACAAAAACAAGACCUCAUGAAGUGCAUCAAAGAUUAUAAACCCCUGGUGUCCUCUGUGAACCGGGUUCGAAUCCUAAUGAUCGGUCCUGUAGGUGCUGGAAAAUCCAGUUUCUUUAACUCUAUCAACUCCAUAUUCAUGGGACGCAUGACCAACAAAGCCAUGGCAGGAUCUUCAGGCACCAGUCUCACUACACAGUUUCGCACAUAUCCACUGAAAGAUGGCCGUGAGGGAAAGCCAUUGCCAUUUGUGUUGUGUGACACUAUGGGACUGGAGGAGCAGACAGGUGCAGGUCUGGAUAUUGAGGACAUCAGCAGCAUCAUUCAGGGUCUCAUACCAGACCGAUAUCAAUUUAACCCCAUGGUACCAUUUCAUCCUGAUGAGCAAAAGUCCUCCAGACCUUCAUCUCUACAGCAGAAGAUCCACUGUGUGGUUUACAUGAUAGAUGCCACCAAAAUCUCCCUCAUGUCCAGCAAACUGGAGGAAAAACUUGCAGCCAUACGCAAAAAAGUGAAUUCGCUGAGUGUUCCUCAGAUCGUCUUGAUGACUAAAGUAGAUGAGGCGUGUCCUCUGGUGGAGGAAGAUCUACAAAAGGUUUACGUCAGUUCCUACAUUAAGUCAAAGGUACAGGAGGUCAGCUCUCGACUGGGUGUUCCUGUGUCUUGUGUGUUACCUGUGAAGAAUUACAGUCAGGAGCUUGAACUGAACCUCAACUGUGAUCUCCUGCUUCUCACCGCUGUACAGCAGAUGCUCAACUAUGCUGAAGAUUAUUUGGAUGAUGUUGAUGCCAAUGUUGCUUAAAGUUAUAAUUUUUUGUUGUUGUUAACUUGCACACUUCAUUUCCAGGACUUCGUCCAGCAGUAAUGUAAUCAUUAUUAUUUUUGUAAUACUAUUACUGUCCAGGUAGAUCAUCACACUGCCAUUCAGACACAACGCCCAUGAAUGAUGAUGCUGAUAUACUGAAUAAUGUUGAAGUUUCCAGCUAAUACAUGUGAACUUGACAUUGCCAUGACAAAAAGCUGAUAGUCCAUUACAUUUCAAUGCCUUCAUUUCAAUUGUAGUACACAAAAAGAUGCAGUAUUGAUCAAAGGUCGCCGUGAUUUCACCAAGUAACAUUUUUUGUUGAUCCUGGAUAAAACUUUUUAAUCAAAGAUAACCCAACCUACCCUUAACUCAAACCCUAACCAUUUUUAAACCCUCAAAUUAGUUUGAAAUAAUAGUUUAAGGAGUAUUUCUUAAAAGCCCCUAACCAAAUCCUAAACCUAAAUCUAACAUGCACACUAAUCUUAAUCCUGCAAUCUGAUUGGUAAAUGAAAAUGUUGAUCCAGGAUCACAUCUUACUUGGUGAAAUCACGUUCACCAUUGAGGUCAUUGUAAUUUAAAUAUGUAUAAGUAAAAUGUUAUAUAAUUUAAGUGCUGUAAGUUGUGAAUUAGCCAUAAAUAUGUUAUUUCCAGAAUAUAUGUUUGAAACGGCA